UUUUGUCCUCAAACGGCGAAAUGAUUCUCCAAUCUGUAUCAUAUAAGCCCACUUCCUGUCAGUGCUUCAGCAGCCAAAAAAUUAAAACAAAUCCAAAUGAAGUUCUUAAUUACGUUUCCCUCUUUGAUCAUUUUCAUCUAUUUGGUUCCUUCAGUUUGUGAUUCACAUGCAGAAGCACAAACUCUUGCUUCUUGUUUGAUGGAUCAAGGUGUUUAUAAUUUCUCUUUAUACCCGAGUACUUACGAUAACGAUCCUACUGUUUACUUCAAGUUUCUUGGGUUUUCGAUUCAAAAUCUGCGUUUUUCAGACUCUUCAGUGCCCAAACCAAUGGCCAUAAUCAUGCCAGAGAGCAAGGAGCAGUUGAUGAACAGUGUUUUGUGUUGUGGGAAAGGAUUGUGGGAAAUUAGAGUAAGGUGUGGGGGGCAUAGUUAUGAAGGCACUUCAUAUGUAGUCAGUGAUGGGAAUUCGUUUGUUUUGAUUGAUAUGAUGAAUUUGGAUAGAGUUUCUGUGGAUUUGGAUGCUGAAAUGGCUUGGGUGGAAGGCGGUGCAACUCUUGGCCAGACUUAUUAUUCUAUUGCAGAAUCAAGUAGGUUCCAUGGGUUUUCGGCAGGGUCUUGCCCGACCGUCGGGAUUGGUGGGCACAUUGCGGGUGGUGGAUUCGGGUUGUUGUCGAGAAAAUAUGGUGUUGCUGCGGAUAAUGUGGUGGACGCACUUCUGGUCGAUGCUCAUGGGAGGUUACUGAACAGGGAAGCCAUGGGAGAGGAAGUUUUUUGGGCUAUCCGUGGAGGGGGCGGAGGAAUUUGGGGCAUUGUUUAUGCUUGGAAAAUCCAACUGCUGAAAGUACCUGAAAUUGUAACUGGUUUCAUUGUUUCAAGGCCUGGAUCAAAGCGUUACGUGGCGAAUAUAGUUCAGAAAUGGCAACAUGUGGCACCAAGGCUAGAAGACGAAUUUUAUUUGUCUGCUUUUGUUGGUGCUGGAUUGCCACAAAUGAAAAAAUCUAUUGGAAUUUCAGCUACGUUUAAAGGGUUCUACCUUGGUCCAAAAGCAGAAGCUCUCAAAAUCAUAAGAAGCUCUUUUCCCGAAUUGGGGGUUCUUGAAGAAGAUUGCAAUGAAAUGAGUUGGAUUGAGUCUAUUCUUUACUUCUCAGGAUUGGAUGAUGGAAGCUCGAUGUCUGACUUGAAAAAUCGUUACUUGCAGGAUAAGCACUAUUUCAAGGCAAAAUCGGAUUACGUGAAGACUCCGAUUUCAAGAAUUGGUAUAACUUCAGCCAUAAACAUUCUUGACAAAGAGCCGAAAGGGUAUGUCAUUUUAGACCCUUAUGGUGGAAUUAUGGAAAAAAUUAGUAGUGAUUCCAUUGCCUUCCCACAUAGAAAAGGUAACCUUUACACAAUACAGUAUGUAGUCGAAUGGAAAGAGGAAGACAAUGCCAAAAAUGGAAAGAAUUAUAUAGACUGGAUACGAGGAUUUUACAAUUCAAUGGCACCCUAUGUAUCAUCGGGUCCGAGGGCUGCUUAUAUAAACUACAUUGACUUUGAUCUCGGAGUCAUGUACCUAUUAAACAGCAGUGCCCCUUCUGAUGAUGCUGUGGAAGAGGCCAAGGUUUGGGGUGAGAAGUAUUUCUUAAAAAACUAUGACAGAUUGGUUAGGGCAAAGACAUUGAUAGAUCCAUUUAAUGUUUUUAGGCAUCAACAAGGCAUCCCUCCGAUUUUCAAGCGUUGCCAACUUAAUAUCCUUCUUUUUCCAAGUGUUACCUUGAAGUCUGCUGCUUUGUUGAAAAAGGAUGCAGUUAGAUAUGUUUUCACGGGCAGUCGAUAUUUGAUAUAA